AUGUACCUUCACCGCAUGAAUUAUAUGGGGCAAUACCUGGAUCAAGAUUUUCGUCUAGUCACACAACCUCCCAUCCAUCCAUGCUCUUGGCGAAGUGAGACCACAGUCCGUUUCAAAAACGGAGCAGGUCAGAGCUUGAUGGCCCAUCAAUGCCGAAAGUUGGACGAAACUGUGUUUUUGCUCGGAUGUGAAGGUUACCUUGUUUCUCCACGAAAGAUGCGCCUGUUCUUGUGUGAGCAGACAUGUGGUACGAGAAGUCCACCUUGCAUCAGAGUUGCGCAAUACGGCGCAAGAAUGGAGACUUUGAAAAUGGCAGGUGAAUGUACGGAGUAUCGCGACAGAAAACCUGGCAGUGAGACGGAGUGA